CGAGUGGAUGCGGGUUGUUGACGAGUUGAGUGACUGUGAUAUGGAUGUGGAUCAAGACGACGAAGCAGUUAACCUUCUUCCGAAUAUGCCAGCGCGCGACGCUUUAGCAGAACCUGCUAUAGAAGCAGAUUUAACAGAUUUUGAGGCCCAAGUUCUGUUAGCUGAAGAUCGACAAAAUGACCUGGCACUACGCGAAAUAGUACCUAGGGCCGACUACAAUUUUGAGUGGGACAAGGAUAGACGUAUAUUUAAAGGACAGAGAGAAACGUUUACAGCUUCUUCAGGGCCAACUUUCCCAAUAACAGACCAAACCCGUGCCGUAGAUAUUUUUUACAAAAUGUGUGACAGUGAUUUACUGGACCGACUUUGCUUGGAGACCAAUAGGUAUGCGAGCCAAAAAAUAACUUUGCUAAAAACUGAAAACAAGCUGUUACCAAACUCGCGGCUGCAACGUUGGACUCCGAUCGAUAAAGAUGAAAUGAUCAGCUUUCUGGCACUCACUAUCUUGCAAGGGCUAUACCCCCUUCCAGACGAGGAGUCAUACUUUUCAUUCAACGGUUUUGGAUCAAUGCCAUACUUUUCCAGAAUAAUGUCCUACAACCGAUAUUUUUUAAUAAAAUCGUUGCUACAUUUCGUAGACAACCAAAAUUUAACAGAACCGACAAAGCUAAGUAAAAUUCAGCCAAUAACCGACUACUUUAACGAAAAGUUUUCUAGCCUGUACUAUCCAGGUCAGGAGAUAGCUAUUGACGAAUCUCUACUGAAAUGGCACGGGCGGUUAGGCUUUGCCCAAAAAAUUCUGUCAAAGGCUGCUCAAGUAGGUGUAAAAACUUACGAAUUAUGCGAGUCGUCUAGUGGUUAUCUGUGGAUUUUUUUUGUAUAUGCUGGAAAAACGAAGCCUACAAAUACUCCCCCCGUAGUAGACGAUAUGACUGGACACGUACAACAACACGCCCAUGACAUGACUGGGCCUGAAAUCGACACGACUGACUCAACCGAUCGACCCACCACAGCGACUGUAAAAAUUGUUUACGACUUGGUAGAACCGCUACUUAACAAAGGUCAUACAUUAAUCAUGGACAAUUUUUACAAUAGUCCUUUACUGGUGCGAUGUUUGAAACGACAAAAGACUGACUGUUACGGCACACUUAGACUCAACCGUGAAUUUGUUCCCGAUUCCCUUAAAACUUUAAAUCAAUUAGACCUCCGACGUGGUGAAGUAGUGGCUAGUUAUUGUUCCGAUUUGUCUGUGAUUGUGUGGCGGGAUGCAAAUAUAGUUAGCUUAAUAUCCACAUACCAUUCCUUACAAGUCGGAACAAAAACCAAGUAUAACGGAGUGUACAAACCCAGCAUUGUUCUAGACUACAAUAAGUCAAUGGGAGGAGUAGAUAAGAAAGAUCAAUACCUGUCUGCUCAUCCUUUAGAAAGAUGUAAAAACAAAGUUUGGUACAAAAAGCUUUUCCGUCGCAUGUUUAAUGCGGCCAUAUUUAACUGUUUUGUCAUAUUUGCCACAUCAAAUCCAAAAAUAAACCAGCGACAAUUUAGAAUAAUGCUGGCAGAGGACCUACUGAAAAUACAUCGGCAAAUUGACUUGACUGACGAAAAGAGACUUAUAACUAGAAGGUCAGGACUUACGACAAAAACAUCUACUGUACGACCAAAAACCCACCAAAGGCCUCAACUCGAGCACCGGCACUUCCCAACACGUACUGGCUUUAAGCAAAGUCGGUGUUGGAUGUGUGCCCAACGCAAGGCGACCGCCAGAACCGUUUGGAAAUGCAUGGAAUGCGAUGUCAACCUUUGCAUCGAGCACUGUUUUAUGAAUUAUCACAUUAAACCAUCAGUGAUCGAUACAACUUUCUAA